CUGCUGGUUUGUGAGCCUUGCUGCCCCUCCUUCCAAUCUUCCCCACCACAUACAUUCUGUAACCUUACUCGCCAUGCUUUCAUGACGUAGCGUAGAGCCAGACGGCUGUGUUCGAACAUGCCGCCAAAAAAAGACAAGUUCCCUCCUCAAAAGGGCAAUAUUUACCAGUUCUUCAAGCCAGUACCCCCGAAGCCACAGACAAAAGACGCCACGACCAAUGUCUCUGAUAAGCCUUCUAUCACCAUCACCAAGAAGGAGAAUGAACAGCCCAUAUCCCAAUCUGAGCCUGCCGACGCACAGCCCUUAUCUAGUGAUCCUCAGAUGACCAGCCAGCUCACCAUCGAGGACUCGGACGAAGAGAGCGGCCUCUCUGAUACAAGGAGUGAUAUAUUAGAGCUUUCGGAGCCCCACGCCGCCUCUCACCCUCCCACAACCGUCGCCGACAGGGAGAAUGGACUUUCUCUACCCCACCCCAAGCCUGCCGAAGCGCAACCCUUCUCUAGUCAACCCCGGAUGACCAACCAGCUCACCAUCGAGGACUCGGACGAAGACAGCGACCUCUCUGAUUUAGGCAGUGAUCCAUCGGAGCCUUCGCCGCCCCAUAUCAUCUCUUACGAGCCGGCUUCAACAAGCACACCCGCCGGGGAGCUACCAGCUGCGGCUCGCACGGCUAGAGCCAGGACAGCACCGCACCUCAAACCAACGCCCAAGCUAAAGACAAAGGACUCCGGAAGCAGCCUCUCUGAUACUUAUUCCACAACUACCACCAAGAGCAAAAAUGAACACUCGCCGCCCAAACCCCAGGCUGCUCAUGCACAAUCUGUCCCUGCCAAAACCGAAAUGACCACUGGCCAACAAAAGUCCUGGGACUCAUUCACUAAAGAUGACGGCUCCUCUGGUUCGGACUCUGAUCUGCCAGAUCUUUUCACGCCCCCCACCACCUCUCAAAAUCCCACGAGGAGCACACGCAAAUUACGAGAUACCGGUUCCACGACUAAAUACAGGGCACCACCGUACGCCUCUCCGUUAACGGUCCAACCAAAACAUAAAUACAAAUUCAGCAUCACGUCGCUGGUCAGCCAGUCACAGAGGCACGAGGCUACAGAAGCCAGCGCGCAGAGAGCGAAGACUAUAUUAGACGAGCCAGGGAACGGGGAAGAGGCAGGGCAACAAGAUGACAAGGAUGCACUGUUGGAAUCAAUGAUUGCAGAUAAGGAUGCCGACAGCGCGGACAAGAUCCUGCAAGCCGUUGCGCGCACUGAGGCUACAUCGACGGAGAAGAGAUGGUACUUCUUUGACCCUGACAGCAAGACGCCAACCAAUAAGCCAACAGAAACCCCAGCCAAUAUUUCAAAGAUCUAUCAGAAAUGGAACCAGGGGGAUAAGAUAGCCAGAGACUCGACGGCUGCUUCUGGCGCUAUGAGUAAUGUGGCCCAUGCCCAGGAAGAGCUUUCUGAAGAGAAAUUCCUGUGGAUUUUAGAAACGUCGUGCAUAGAGCCAGCUACAGACCUCGAAGAGUCAUACUUCAACGCCCUUCUUGCCGCCCCUGAAGCGAUACGCAAAUAUCUUCGUCCAAAAACUGUUAAAGGAAUGUUUGAUCUAUUAGGUGCGCUUCCCCAGGCAACCGAUCGGAAGGCCAAUGUCGAAGCUGUCGGUGUUUAUAAAAAGGCGUACAAGGGGCGCGAAUGGAAUACUCUACAGCGCUAUAUAAAAUUCCUCGGUGAUGCAGCGAAGUUUGCAACUCCAGUUACAUGUGCUUAUACGAUGUCUCUGCUAGCAAGGCUUUGCGCGGAUAACCUUGUGAAGGAAAACUACUCGGUUUUAUGUAUCGUGCGUUCCGCUAUGGGAGAGCUCUGUGAUGCCAUCGCAAAACAUGAUGCCUGGAAGAUUUCAUGCCGGAAAAUAUGCUCUAAUAUAUAUAACACUGUAGCUCAGGAGCCACUCUGCCUGCAAAUUAUUGAGUGCAUUCCAGCCUCCAACCCUUGCCUACACGACCUGCGGAGAAGACUCUCCCUCGCCGUGUUCUGCCAGGACUGUGAUCUGACCCAAAAGCCCGUGGAAGAAAAACUCGAGCUGCGAAAGCUUGUGCAGGUGCUAGGCAGCCCCAGGUUUCAAAUCAACAGAGAGACAGACUAUGUACAGCUCGCAGCGUUGAUAUCCCUCCUGGAUAUUGCCAUCGGCGACGGGUCGGCGGUGGAUUUUGACGUGAGCGAUCCGCAAGCUGAGGAGGAAUAUAAUUCCUGCCUCGAUGAGCUCGCAUACCAGCUUAAGAUCAUAUGGAGUAGCAUUAACGACCGCGGGACUUUGUCUCCAUCACGUAUCCACACAAAGCGGACGGUGGAAAAGUUACGGAACCGAUUGCUAGAGACGAUUCGGACACGUUUGAAGCCCAAGCAGAGUAUAUUUGACCUGCCGGGACAAGGAGGAGACAGGGAGGGCGCGCUGAAGCAGUCGGCUUUUAUGACGAAGCACUUUAGGAAACCAAUAACUAAUGCAUAAUGGCUGGAUGAUAUUAAAGCCUUGGGUCAAAGGCCGGAGUUCAAAUAGAUCAAAUGAUAAUGUAGCACAGAGUAUAAAUUUAGAGCUCAAAAUUUCUCUCAGCUUUCAACACGCUCC